AUGGGUAGACAAAUGACAUGGGCAAAAGAUCGAAAUAUGGCAAUACAAUUAUUUAGUUUAUGGGAUCCAAAUUUUGGUAAUAAUCUUAUGGCAUGGGUUUUUCCAUUAUCCUUCUGUAUGCCACUAUUGAUUCCUUUUAUGUUUCUUCAUACUAUACAAGAUCUUAAAGAAAAGAUCAAAAGAUUUAUUCGAUGUCAAUUUCAUACAGCCAUAAUGCCUCUUACAGUAACUGUACCACAACAGAUUGCAAUGACAAAUAGACGACGUCGUGAUUUAUAA